AGAUCCUGCCAAGAGGGAGAUGUCCAACCAUAGCUCAGGGACCUGGUUCCUGCUCGGUGAGUUUUCUGAGGUGCGGGAGCUGCAGCUCUUGCAGGCGACGUUGUUCCUGGUGGCCUACCUGGCAGCCCUGACGGGGAACCUCCUCCUCCUCGCGGUCAUCACCCUCCACCAGGGCCUCCACACCCCCAUGUACUUUUUCCUGAAGAACCUGUCCUUCUUAGACCUCGGCUACGUCUCCGUCACCGUCCCCAGGGCCAUUUUCGGCUCCCUGACCGGAGACGCCUCCAUCUCCUUCUGGGAGUGCGUUUUCCAAGUCUUCUCUUUCGCGGGGUUCGGCAACGCGGAGAUCGCCCUGCUGACGGUGAUGUCGUACGACCGCUACGUCGCCAUCUGCCAACCCUUGCGCUACGAGGUCAUCAUGAAGAGGACGGCCUGUGCCCAGAUGGCAGGGGCAUCGUGGGUCAGCGGGGGCCUGUCGGCCAUUUUGCACACCGCCGUCACCUUUUCGGUUCCUUUCUCUGGGCGAAAUGUGAUCCGUCAGUUCUUCUGUGACAUCCCCCAGAUGAUCCGGCUCUCCGGCCCCAGAGGAAAUCCCGGAGAGGUUGGACUCAUCUUCCUUAUGGCCGGCCUGUCUCUAGCCUGCUUGGUUUCCAUCACUGUUUCCUACGCCCUCAUCUUCUCCACGGUGCUAAAGUUCCCCUCGGCGAAGGGCAGGUCCAAAGCCUUCUCCACCUGCCUGCCGCACCUCGCUGUGGUCUCUCUGUUUCUCCUCACUGGCAGCUCCGAAUAUCUCAAACCUACCUCCGGUGACCCCCUGCUUCUGGAUCAGCUGCUGUCUGUGUUCUACACUGUGAUCCCGCCGGCACUGAACCCCAUCAUCUACAGCCUGAGAAACAAGGACAUAAAGGCGGCUCUAGGGAAGGGGCUUUGGGGAAUGAAGUGAUUCGUAAGCAACCGGGGGCCGGGGACCUUGUCUAAUUCCCACCCAUAUAUUUUUCCCUCAGCUGAAAUGGUCCUCUGCUUACCCUAAGCACUUGAGUUACACUAUUGCGACUAAUACUAAGAGCAACAUAGCCUAGAGGAAAGAUCAUGGGCCUGGGUGUCAGAAGACCUGG